GAUUGCUUUGAUGGUGAUCACAGCUUUGAGGACAUAGGGCUAGCUGCUGGCCAAAGCCAAGAAGAAAAGAAACGUUCUUACAACGUUCUUACAAAGAUUUUUUAAGGGAAGAGGAGGAAAUCACUGCUCAGGUGAGGAAUUCUUCCAAGAAGAGGUUAAAGGACAGUGAACUUUACUUCUUGGGGAUGGACAAGCACAAGAAGAUGAUUACUACUACUACUACUAUUACUACUACUAUGGAGGACAGUGAUUCUUUCUUCAUUUGUGAUACACCAGAUAUUUUGUCUUUGGAAUUGUCACAGAAGAAAAAGUCCAGCCCGCAAUCUGCUGACACAACUAUGGACCUGUUGAAAGGGAUCACUUCCCCUCUGGCAAAAGGCACCAAACCCCCCCCCCAAAAGACAGGAGAAAUGUCCUCCAGUUCUUCAAGCCAUUCAGAGAGUAAAAAGGAACACCACAGGAAGAAAGUCAGCAGAAGCAGUGGGGAGCUGUCCCUGGAGGAUGGUGGUUCCCACAAAUCCAAAAAAAUGAAACUGCUCUAUGUGAACACUGAGACACAGACCCUUUGGGAGCCUGAUGGGUUAAAGAUGAAACUUAUUCUCUCACCAAAGGAGAAGGGAAGCAGCUCAGUUGAUGAGGAGUCUUUUCAGUACCCCUCUCAACAAGCAAUUGUGAAAAAAUCCUCUAAGACGUCAGCUUGAGAUGAGCAAGGUGCUUUACUCCUACGACACGAGUUACGGAGCUUUCUGAAAACAGCCUGGAGGAAGUACAAGUCAUUCUCAGAUUCACGUUCGUCUCCUGGCCCUGAAGGCUAUGGGUCUGAUGCCUCCCAGUUCCCAGAAUCCCACAGUGCUAACCUUGAUCUUUCAGGGCUUGAACCUAUUCUAGUAGAAUCAGGCUCCUCCUCUGGCAGGGAGCUGGAGGCUGGGGAGUUAGUGAUUGAUGAUUCUUACUGGGCAAUCAAGAAGAAAAAGAAGUCAAAGAAGAGCAAAAAGAAAAAGGACAAGGAGAAGCAUAAAGAGAAGCGACACUCCAAGUCCAAGAGAAGGUCGGGACUUCCUGCUGCACCAGCGGGAGAGGUCCCAGCGCCGCCCGGCCCUCCGCCCAGCAUCCCGUACACUGGAGCAGCCGCCCCUCCCCCACCGUUUCCUGGCCUCCACACGGAUAGGCACAGUGAGAAAAAAAAGAGAGAAGGACAAAGAGAGAGAGAAGAAAAGCCAAAAAAGAACAUGUCGGCCUACCAGGUGUUCUUUAAGGAGUAUCGUGUAACCUUUGUUGACCAUCUAGGCAUAGAUUUUGGGAAACUGAGUAAAAAACUGGCUGAGGUGUGGAAGCAACUGCCAGAAAAGGACAAACUGAUUUGGAAGCAAAAACCUCAGCAUCUGCAACACAAACAGAACAAAGCAGAAGCUACAACUGUGAAAAGAAAAGCAUCCAGCUCAGAAGUUUCCAUGAAAGUGAAAGCUUCCUCUGCAGGAGUAGUGUCGCCGAAGAAAUCCGCACCCACCAACAUGCUAUUACUACCCGCCUUGCCAGACAAAGCCCCCGAGACAGAGCCUGUCGACGUGGCCGCUCAUCUCCAGCUGUUGGGAGAGUCCCUGAGCCUCACUGGACACCACCUGCAGGAAACCGAGGGCAUGGUGGCAGUGUCUGGCAAUCUGUCAGUGCUUCUGGAUUCCAUCAUCUGUGUGCUUGGCCCCUUAGCGUGUGUGACCACACGACUACCUGAGUUGAAUGGCUGUCCCAAACAGGUCUUGUCAAACACGCUGGACCACAUUGCUUACAUCAUGCCUGGACCGUGA